ACGUGAAAUAGCCUAUAGUUCUGUAAUAAUGGGGAAAAAAUAUCCUGAGAUAAGUGAAAACAUGUUGGGCAGCUUGCGAUUGCGAAAUCGUGAAACUCGCAGACCUGUUUUGCCUGAUUAAGUUCUUGACAGGUGCCGAAAGCAUCACGCCUGGGCGUUUGGGUUUGGGGUUGCGUCAAUAACCUGCUAACCGGGAGGCGGUGUUGAGCUGCUCGCGGUGUCACUUACAGUCAGAAAAUGCAUGGUCUCGUUGCCGAGCGAAGGGUGUGUUGCUUGUGCCUUUCACCUGGACUAGCUGUCAACGGCGGCAUUCGUGUUGUGUAUUGGAAAAGCGGUCUAUAUUGCUUUUUCUAACAUUCACCUCGGACGGAAGGCAGCGCUUUGCCAGCUUUUUAAUGGUGAUAUCCACGGGUGCUUUUUCAGGGGAAGCGGGAUCUGGAAUUUAUAGGAUGCGAAGCGGCUUCUCCGCAGGCCUCUGAAGAUGAGCGUGACGUCAUGGUUUCUGGUCAGCAGCUCGGCCACCCGCCACCGGCUCCCUCGGGAAAUGAUCUUCGUGGGCCGGGAGGACUGCGAGCUCAUGCUGCAGUCCCGCAGUGUGGACAAGCAACAUGCCGUCAUCAACUAUGACCCGGCCACCGACGAACACCUGGUCAAGGACCUGGGCAGCCUGAACGGGACGUUUGUGAAUGAUCUGAGGAUCCCGGAUCAGACCUAUGUCACCCUCAAGCUCUCGGACGUCAUCCGCUUUGGAUACGAUUCCCAUGUGUACACGUUGGAGAGGAGUCAACAUCACGUGCCGGAGGAGGCUCUCAAGCAUGAGAAGUACACCAGCCACCUGCACAUGGGUCUGAAGCCGCCGGAGGGGAAGAGGCCGGACCCUCCAGACGGGGCCUCGGACUCCUCCCGCUCCCGACAGGAGAAGUCUGACCGCAGGGCUGCGACCGAGACCUCAGUCUCCAGGCCCACUCCUCUGUACGGCCAGCCCUCGUGGUGGGGGGAGGACGACGCCGGGAACAAGAGCCGGCACGGCGAGGGACGCAGGCCGGACGAGGGUCGCCCAGAGAGCCCAAAGGAGGGUUCCGCACUCGAUUCGGAGAUGGGCGGCCCCCUGUCUGACUACAGGGCCUCCCAGGGGAAGUCCAUCUAUUCUUAUGGUCGGGAGCCCAGCUAUUUCGAGAUCCCCACCAAGGAGGUCCAGGCGCGCCCCGCGUCCCCUGACACCGAGGUCCAGGAGAUCCCCACCAAGGACACUGACGCCCCGCCCCCCGUCCUCCCCUCGCCCACCCCCGCCCUGACCACGCCCACUCCCCCCGUCAUGCAGAGCCACGCCUCCUUCACCAUCGAGUUCGACGACUGCAGGCCGGGCAGGAUCAAGAUCAAGGAUCACGUGACCAAGUUCUCGUCGCGACAGCACAAGCCUCCCGGCCGGCUGCAGGCCACCACGCCCACCGAGGUGAUGUCAGCGGAGAGCAAGGUGGCAGAUUGGCUGGUGCACAGCGACAUGAGCAUGAUGAGGAAGAGAAUGCCGUGCGAGGAUGUGUGUAGCACCAAGAGUGACCUGGCCAUGAACAUCAAGACUCUCAAAGGUCAUCACCAUGACGAUGGAACCCAGAGUGAUUCCGAGGACCCUGUCCUGAAGGGGAAGCAGAGCAAAUCACAGCAGACAGAAGUGCCGCCUCAGCCCGCCCCUCCCCACAAACCGGCCCUGGCCCUGGCCCGGGCGCUGUCGCCGCGGCAACUGACUCCGCCCACUCCCCCUGCCCUGGAGGAGGCCCCCUGCCGCUCGCCGCCCGGGUCCGCCUCGCCCCCCCAGAGCCUGGGCAAGCCCCCCGCGCCCGAGCCCCACACCCAGCAGGCCUUCGUCAUCGAGUUUUUCGACGACAACCCGCGCAAGAAGCGCUCGCAGUCCUUCACCCACACCUCCGCCCACGCCCACGCCGUCACGUACUCCGCCCUCAAGGCCAAGCUGGAGAGGAGGAAGGGGGCCGUGCCCACCGCACCCGGGCAGAUCCCGCCCACCCAGCAGGUCACCGUCCCGCUGAAGGGCCAGGGCCAUGGGGGGCCCCAGAGGGCCAGCUCCCUGCACCGCGAGAAGGCGGACGAGCGGGCGGAGUCCUCCGGCGUCACCGUGAAGCCGUUCGGCAGCCUGGGCAAGAACUCCAAGCUGUCCCGGGAGUUCGCCGCCGAGUUCCUCAAGGAGACCAGCCUCGCCGUCGACCCGGCGCGAGACAAGACCCCCUCCCCCUCCUUCCCCUCGCCUCCCGCGUCCGCCCCCCCGACGGUGACGUACGCUCCCGCCAUCCCCUCCCCGCCUCGGGCCCCCUCCCCGUCCCCGUCCCCCUCCCGCUCCCCGUCCCAGCCCCCGGUCCACCCCCACCCUGCCGCCCGCACCCCCGCGCCGGCCGCCUCCCCAGUCCAAGCCCCCGCCCCGGCCCCGGCCCCUGCUCCCGCCCCGCCCCUUCCGCAGCCCGCGCCCCUGGGCGUGGCCCGCAGCGUGGACCCCAAGACCUCGAAAGCGGUGAGGGGCGAGGAGGAGGACAGCCUGAGCGACGCCGGGACCUACACCAUCGAGACCGAGUCCCAGGACAAGGAGGUGGAGGAGGCGCGGAACAUGAUCGACCAGGUUUUUGGGGUUCUCGACUCUCCUGAGUACACCGGCGUUUCUGCGGCAACCUAUCGGCCCGUAAUUAAGGAGAGGGACAACAGGGGAAGCCCACGACAUGGCAAGCUCGGCCCGCUGGAUCCGAAGGCAGUAGCAACAGCAGCACAGGGCUUCAACGCCUCUGUUCUCAGUGGCGCCCCCACUGGCCCACUACAGGUGGAGCCCCCCUGCGCAGCUGCUCUUGGGGGCACCAGGUGGGUGUCUCAGUGGGCCAGCCUAGCAGACAGCUACAGCGGCUCGGGGCCCCCCACAGGGCUAUCAGACACCCCACCUCAAGUUGAGUCUGCAGAUGGAGAUGGGAGAUUUGUGGAUCAGGAUAUGCCAGGUUCACAUGCAGGGGAGCCUGGUUUUGAUGGACCCCAGGGUUUGUCCAGAGCCAGGCGGCUGCUCCCGCAGGUGCCCCCGUCAGAGAGGGCUGAAGGCGCUGUCCCCGACAUCCUGAUCCAGCCCGAGCCCUACAGGGGCCACCAGGCCGCGGAGAGGGGGCCGGGCCCCCUCCGACAGCUUGAGGCGGGGGACAACCUGCCCGUUCAGGAAGACCUGGAGCCGGACAGCCUGAGCGACACCAGCAGGUCAGAAGAUGUCCCAGGGGCGAGGAGGAGUGGGAGGAGCCGGGAGCUGCUGACGGAAGGAGGAGCUGAGCUGGAGGGGAGGGGCCUCCAGGAUGGGGCAGAGGAAGGGGCGGCGCCAGGGGUGAGGUCCACCUCUUUCUACAUCGGGUCCGAGCAGGGCUUCCCCAGACGGGAGUUAGCCCGUAGCCCCGUCCUAUGUCCACCGGAGAGAGAGCAGGACGUCCCACACAAAAUACCCCCAGCCCCCGCCCCUGUCCCUGUACCAAGCAGUCACCCAGUUGCCCACGACCCCCGAAAACUAGUCAAGUCCAAUGUCUCUGCUCCCAAUCUCCAGUCCCGGGACAGAGACCCCGCGCCCGCCAAGGAGCCGUUCAUCAUCAGGCAGGAGAGCUUCACCAAAGACCGGCCCAGCAACGACGUGCAGCUCAACCGCCUCCCCCACAUCUCCAGCCACCCCGGCCUCAUGGACCUGGACCCCUGGGGGCCGGACGGGGACACCAUACCGCCCCUCCCGAGGGUCCCCGGGCGGAGUUCGAGGCAGGGCCAUGACGACUCCCUGUCCGGCGACUCGGACGUGGACACGGCGAGCACCAUCAGCCUGGUCAGCAGCAAGAACGCCGCGCCCGCCGCCGCCCCGCCCAGGAAGAGGCCGCCGGCCGCCGCCGGCUCGCAGAAGGACAAGUCCACCUCCGGCCCGUCGGCCCGCGAGCAGGCCCGGCAGCCCACGGCCCGCGAGCGGCUGUCCGAGAAGCGGCGCAGCCAGGCCGCCGACCCCGCCGCCGCCGGUGGCAAGGCCGACCCGGGCAAGCGCUUCCAGCUGCGCCGCAGCGCCGGGAACCGCGGCUCGCUGGACCUUUCGGACCACCAGCAGAACUGGGCGUCCUCCUCCUCCGCCGCCGCCGCCGCCUCCUCCUCCUCCGACCACGAGUCGGGCUCCCGGCCCGGCGCCCGCCGGAAGCCCGCCGCGCCCCUGCAGAAGGACGACGGCGGGAAGGCGGCGAAGAACGCCGUCCAGCAGGCGCUGAUCCGCUCCAACAGCCUCUCGGCCCCGCGGCCCACCCGGGCCUCCCUGCUGCGCCGCGCCCGGCUGGGCGACACCUCGGACAACGAGGGCGGCGACACGGACCGCGCCUCCCAGGGGUCGGACGCGGGCGCGGGCGCGCCGGGGAAGCCGUCGGGCGACGGGAGGAAGCUGUCGCGGCUGGACCUGCUGGCCAUGCCGCGCAAGAGGAGCGGCUCCUUCACCGCCCCCAGCGAACCCGAGCCCGGCGCGGGGAGGGCCGCCGUCUCCGCCCGGAAGCCCGCCGCGCCCGAGCCCAAGCCGGGGCCCGCGGGGCGUCAGCCAAUCAUCCGAGCCCGCUCCAGCAGUGCCAAAUACCCCAGCGCAGCCAGCUCCCGGCGUCGGCCGGACUACACCUCCACGUCGGAGGAGGAGUACGAGGCCAGCUCCGCCUCCGCUAAACACAAACGCCCCCACGCUUCUGCAGCCAAUCAUACGGCAGGCUCCCAGAGGCCCGUCGCCGCCCCUGCUCCCGCCCCGCCCAAACCCGCCCACCGCCGGACGGAACAGGAGGAGGAGGAGGAGGAGGAGGAGCCAGACCCGGAGGCCGACCCCUACCAGCACUGGUCCACGCACAGCGCUGAGAUUGCAAGGCUCAGUCAGGAUCUGGCCAAAGACCUGGCCAUUCUGGCUCGGGAGAUCCAUGACGUGGCAGGCGAAGGAGACUCGCCAAGCGGCUCAACUGCGGGAGCAAACCCCUCAACCAGCACCACAACAAACGCACCGGCCUCCAACGUGUCCACCCGAGAAGAGAGGACAUGCCCGCCCUCGCGAGUCAUCACCUCAUCUCAGUUAGUCCAGAGCAUUCCUGAGGCCAGCUUGAACUGCCGGAAAGUUCUGCCAGGCUCGGCCGGGGCAAAGGACCCGGACACGAACAUGAACGACCGAGAUCCGGUCAUCAGUCACCGACCGUGGAACCACGAGGAGGUCAUUUUGGACAAUCUCAUGCUGAAUCCCGUUUCCCAGCUGUCCCAGGCUAUCCGGGAAAACACUGAGCAGCUGGCUGAGAAAAUGAAGUCGCUUUUCCAUAACAAGACUGAAGUCUGGGAGGAGAUUGAAGCCAAGAUCAAUGCGGAGAACGAAGUUCCCAUACUCAAAACGUCAAACAAGGAAAUCUCCUCCAUCCUGAAGGAGCUAAGAAGAGUUCAGAAACAACUUGAAGUGAUCAACACCAUCAUCGAACCCGGUGCCAACCCCGAGCUGGCCGCCAGAGCCUCGUCGGCCGCUGGGAAGAGCAAAACCUUCACCAAGGACAGCCGGCCCAUGUCCCAGUCCCGCAGGGUGCCCGGAGGUAGUGCCAGCUCAGCCAGCAAUGCCAACGGGAGAGCCAAGGGCAGCGCGGCGGGGUCCGAGGGGGACAGGUUUGCGGCCUGAGCUGCCGUUCAGACUGCGCCCCCUUGUGGACACAACCCCUCGCGGCCGCUGCAAGGCCAUUUUUGAACGGAUGUUCCAAUGUUUUUCGAAUGUGUUCGGACAUCCCGGCGUAUUUUUUCUGACCUGUUACACGAAGGAAAUUUGACCAAACAAAAUGUAAAAAUCUUCUUGGGGGUGGGGCUUUGAACGUGCUUCAUGGAGUGAAUCGUACAUGAAGUGAUGUCCUAUAUGUGUUGUCUGUUUCGCUGAAAGGCUGUGCUCUUUGUUUUGAGGAAAAGACUACCAGUGCAGUGCUUUGGGCCACAUUUCCAAGGAAGUGGAAAGCAGGAAGUUGGAGAUGUCCUAUACCUCGGUUUUCAAACUUGAAUUUAGAAAUUCGACUUCACAAGAGUGCAAUCCACCUUCUCUGUUCAUAAUAUCAACAGAUUUUCUUUGGCUCACUUUAAUGAUUGGGUGUAACAGGUAACAGAAAUCUUUUUUAUUUAUUUAUUUGCAGUUAGACGUUUAAAAUGGGAAUUUGAUGUCCAGUUACCGCUGCAGAAUAUGAGAAUACAAUCUCAUUGAGGAUUCAUUCCUGCAUAAAAUGCAUGCCAGCCUUAUAUGCUUUCCUUUCAGUUAGUGUGCACUCCAGGUCAAAUGCAACCCUUCUAUCUAUCAUAUCUAUGAAAAAAUAGAGUUUUAGCCCGAAUUUCGGGUGUAGUAUUCUACAGUGGGUCAUGUGCUCAAAUGCAGACAAAACAGCCAGCAUUGUUGUCUUUUGCGGGCCUGGAUUGUGGAGGGAUGUUUUUUUGGUUUGCAAUAACAAAAAUACCUUAUUGAGAAUUUCCUUUAUUAAGCUACUGAAGCUACUUUCCGAAGGGAUUUUUGUCAGCUGAAUGAAGUUCUGUGCAUAUGAAGAUAAGGUCUACACGAAUGUAUGUAGUUUAUUUAUUGAAUAGUAGAAUGAAUUGUAUGUUGAUGUAGAAUGCUGAAUGUGUUUAGGGAUUGUGGGUGUAAUGCUUUCUGUGGUUCACAGACCUAUACGGUAUAUUGUAGUUCUCAGAUUUAACCAAUCAUGUUUUCUGGAAGGACCUGGCAGCUUGAUGACCUCAGAAAAUAGGAAGUAAAAAUGAUUUUGACAGCAAUGCAAUACAUUUAAGGCUUAUAGCAGUUUAUGGAUGGGAUUCUUGCAAUGUGUGGACAUGGCUUCACAUACAGAUCCAAUGCGGAAACCUUUUUGUUGGUUAUACUGUAAACGUUUUUCCCCCCAAAGUACCAGCUACAUGAUUACCUUUGAGACACCUCUGCACCCGCUUCCUGUAUGAAAAUAAUACUUUAUUUUGUCUUAGGACAGCAUAUUAUGCAUUCAGAUUGAAUAAACUGAAUCGUUGUUCUGUUGAAUCACUGGGCAACAGUGAAUCACAAAACUGAGCAUCUAAGCAAACUAGUACAAUAUGCUGGAUGCACUUGCAUCCAUGCUGGAACCUGCCUAUCAAAUAAAUAAGCAAAUGAGAACCUAAGCAGGUACCAAACCGAAUGUGAAGUUCAAUUUAUGCACCAGUAUUUAACAGUAAGAGUUAAACUAUAUCAAUAUGAGUGUUGAGAUGGCUGCACAACAUUGCAUUGGUGUUUUGAUUCAGUGUGUGCUCUAGACAAGGGUGUUUUUUUGCCUACUGUUUAUUUGCCAACAUUGCAAAGAGAAUGAAUUUUCCUGGGAGAUGAAUUGCCAAAGCACACCUUGCACCUCAUAUAAUUUAAUGAGGGCCCUUUGUGGGCCUGGAAUACACACUGAGUUGCACUGUCCACCUAUCCCAAGAAAGGGCCCCUAGGGUCACCCAAACUGCCCAUUAUAAAUAUAUCAAAAGAAAUCCUAAAGGCAAGAUGACUAUUUUGACCAUUGAAGUUAUAGGAAGGGAUUGAUGUAAAACCUUGAUUUGUGUGGCAUAUUGAACGAAUAGUUGCCAUUUAGUCUUUCUUAUUUAUAGUAUGUACAGUAUGUAGCAAUUGGAAGCCUAUUAAUGUAGUAAGUCAGUGAGGAUAACCGCUCUUUUGAGUGUUUAUUUAAAAUUGGUCUGGAACAAGGGUGGAAAGAUCUAGAAGAAUGAAUAUGUGUCACAUUAUUUCUAGACCCUUUGGUUAUAACAAAUAUAUAUUUGUGAAUUGUGCCAUAACAGAAAUUGGGGUCAUUCUGCCGUACAACAUAAAGGCAAACAUACAAAUUUAAAAGGAUAAUGACAUUAAAACUUAAAACUUUGUGUUAAAUCACAGCAAUGUUUGGAAGCAAAUUUAAGAAUUUAGAACGGGAGAUCAGUUUAGUACAGGGUAGAGAAGAAAACUUGUGUUGCACACAAGAACACCUGAGCAUAUCCCAGUAUGCAUGCUGUCCUUAAAACCAUAACGUGCAUUAUAAUUACGCAAAAAUUAAUUUAUUGUAUAUAAAUGAAAUAUCACUCAUCCCUGGCCUGGAUUGUGUAAGAAGUAUUAGACAACUGUCUGCAAGUCUGCUAGUUUAGGAAGUUUAAUUUGGAACUCCUGUUUUUGAUUUUAUAUUAUUUAUAUGAUAAACAUAGGUAUACACUAUGUAAAAAUGUACCAUAUGGACCAGGAAAAAACCGUGUUGUAAUACCAUCACUGGAAUGUUUGAGCGCACAGCCUGCAGGAGGAAGUGAACUGCUGUUUUUGUCCAAAAUCUUAACUUCACCUUUUUCUGGUCUUUUAUGUUUGAAAUGUUGUCACCUUCUCCAGUCAUAAUAUCAGAAUCACAGGUUUUGGAGUGAGAGUGGCGUUCACUUUUUUGUUCAGAUUUUCUUAUACUUCUUGAAAAUGAUAGUGAAGUCCAUAGUCAGCACAGCCAUUAAAUGUAUAGCCUACUUCUUUUGUCUUUGGAGGCAGUGAUGAUUUUGACCACUCUGGAUGUGGUUCGGUAAGAUGUCCAGCUUGAAAACAGGGUACAUUUUUUUGCAGUUUCAUGUUCUUUGGUUUCUUCACUCCGUUAAAUGUGCUUUUUCUAGUCAUUCAGCUUGUGGAGUGCUUGAAUUUCCGUCCGGGCUCAAUAUGUUAUUUUAGAAUGUUCUCCGGCCGGCCAAGUGUCGGACCCCACAUCGCAGCGCCCAAAAUUGCGUGCGAUGAGUCGUUGGAGAAACGGCGUCACAGUAGCGCUAAGCCAAAGAGCAACAUUCCGUAGUGUUCGCAACAGCCUUAACGUGAGUAGCUUAGCCGGAAACCCUCAGUUGAUGUCCACCUCAUUCAUAGACCUCCUCUUUCCCAUGAAGCAUCAUACUUGAAGCAGGCAUUCCCUUGUUAUGUCCACACAUGCAUGCUUAAUUUGUCCAUUUAAAGUCAGCAAUGGGGUGCAAGUUGCUUGGGCAAGGGUUUUCAAACUGGGAUGCCGGAAACCAUGGGAAUCCACAAAGGAGUUCCUGGGUGGUUCUGAACAAAAUGGGGAUUAAGUCCCUUUAAAAUAUUUUGUAUGUAUUUCAGUAUUUCAUACAUUUUAUUUUAUAUGUAAUAUGCCUGAUAUGUACUCUCCUGUGUUCAGAGCCAGUCCUAUGAUUUUGGUGGCCCUUAAGAAGAAUGUUGUUGUGGCCCCAAAGUGCUCCACUUGUGUGGCCCAGGGAAGGUUGUGGCCCUAAAGGACUGCAGAGUGUUUUUAUCAGUCCCUGGCUUUGGAACCUGGGCCUCAGAAGCAGAAUGUUACAGGUUAGAGGAGAGGUUCUCCUGCUGUAGGUCUGGUUGACAGAAAUGCAGUAACUGACCAGGAAGUCACUGUCUCUAGCAAUAUAGUGGCUUUACAGAUGACCUGUGCAGUUGUGCAUUUUUCUGGAUAAAGGCCUUUGCUGAGAAAAUGAUCAAUCUAAGUGAAACUAAUGUAAUUUUCCAAUCUUUUCAAAUAUUGAUGUAAACCUUUUUUUUUUAAACUUUUUUUUUUUUUGGGGCUCUUUGGAAUUUAAUAUUAAAGAUUAGACCACAAUGCUGAGAGGAAGUUGACACCAAAUGGGUGUGGAGAGUUCUUUGUAGUCACCUGUGCUGUAAUACACUGUUUGUAAAAACAAAAAUAAUUAUCUCUAUGCCCACUUUCUGGCUGCACUGAUAGAGCACCACUGUGUCCUUUUGGUGUCGUGUUGAAACCGUGUUCGCACAGCUAAUGGUAACCAGCCGUUAGUUAGCUUCUCAUUUCACCUGGGAAUGUGAUUGAGGUUGUCAAGACUGUAUGUGAUGAAUGCUGUAGAGAAGUAUAAUUAAAAUGUAAUAAAAAAACAAAUAAAAGCAAUGUGAAAAUGUGAAAAAUGUAAAAUAUAUCACGCAGUUUAUUCGGGAUAGACUUGUGGCUUUUUCACCCAUGUGCACUUUUUUAUUUUUAAAUUAUGCUUUACUGUCAGAAGAGUCUGUAAAAUAAGAUUGAGAAUAAAGAAGAACAAUAUAAGCAUAAACCUAGUGUCUGAAAAUCCGCUUUGGCAUAUGUUAUCUUUAAAGGGGUGGAUUCCUUUUUUGGAGGGAGGAUGAACCAUCGGGAGAAUAUUCAGACAGUAGCUGGCCUCAGAACUGUUCAUCCAUAUGCUUGUUGCUAGCAUCAAGGCUAUGGUGUAGGGUGUCACAGAGAUGAUGGAAGCUUCCGGAAAUGCACACAGUUCCUUCACUGCUGCUGGGUUCUGAGCUCAGCUGCAGCUGUGCUUAUGCGGACUGAUUGGCUGUCACUCCAGUAAUGCAACUGCUGCUGCUAAUGUGUGAUGUCACUCCCUUUUAUGUUCACAGUUCUGUUUCCUGCUUGUAAGUCAUGUUAAAGCUGUAGACAAAAAGAAUUUUAAAAAUGACACUGUUCUCUACUGGAAGUCUGUACACCUGACCGGUCUGUCUUGUCUGUUACUGUGACUGUGGUUCAGUCAAUACUACAUUGACUGUAUGUUUUAAUGGUUGGCCACCAUGUGACAUGUAAUUAAUUUUCCCAUGUUAAGUUCUUCCAGAGUUGGUUUUAUUUAUUUCUCAUAAUAUGUAUUUUUUUUUUGUAUAUUUCUUGAAUGAAAUUGUGCAGAAAAUAUUUGAUUUUCCAUUUUUAAUUUGUAAUAAAUACAUUUGGUUAUAUUUGGACAUUGUGGAACAAAAUUUGAUAUGUAAUAUUCUUUGAUCAGUGUUAGAAAUGUAAAUCAAAAUGUGAUUUAAGUGGACAUGUACCAUUUAAAGAAAAGUCACAUAGUGUACAUAUUAACCAGAAAUGGUGGUAACAUAUUUGUUGAUUACUUUGGGCAGCAGGUAUGUUUUUGCUCUCAACAAUAAAUAAAUAAAAAACAUA